GCGCGCGUCUCCCCCUGUUGCCUCGCCCCGUGCCUGCACAGGGCCGCCGCCGCCGAGCCGAGCGACGCCGCCCCUUUCCGCGUCCGAUUCGCAGCAACCCGCGAUAAAUCAAGCGUGCAGCCGUCUCCACGAGCAUCACCACGCCGGGCCGCCCCUACUCCACCAUCCAGCAUCUUCUUUCGUCACCGGACGAGCACCGCCGUCGCCUGCCGGGCCGAAUUCCGGUCAAAUCAAAUCCUCCUCCGCCGUCUGCCUCCCUCUCCGCUCUCUCCAGCGCCCUUCGUCCGAGGUCCCCGGCCGCAGGAACGUCCAGAGCCGCCGCCUGUCGCGCACACGAAUUCGUUGUAGGAUAAUUGAACAGAUCUGAUUUCGCUGCAAGAAUUCGUGUGCGUGAGAUGAAGCCAGAGGUGGAGGUGGAGGCGGACGAGCGGGCGACGGAGAUGGCCGACAAGAAGGCAGUGGCGGCCAAGAAGGCGGAUGAGGUGGAGGAGGUGGUGGUGGAUGGCGAGGAGGGGGAGGAGGCAGCCGAUGGGGAGGAAGACGGGGAGGAGGCGGUCGGUGGGGAGGAAGACGGCGACGAGGAUGAUGAGGCAGAGGGCGAGGAGGAGGAGGAGGAAGAGGAGGUGCAGGGGGAGGAGGAGGAGGAGGCGGGUGUCAUAGAGAUCUCCGACGAGGAUGAUGAUGACGCCGGGGAGGGGGCGGGCGGUGACGACGACGGCGACGGCGACGAUGACGACGACGACGACGACAGUGACGAUAGUGAAGACGACCAGGAGGAGGAACUGGGAACUGAGUAUCUGGUCCAGCCUCUAGGUCGGGCUGAAGAUGAAGAGCACUCCAGCGACUUCGAGCCACAAGAAAAUGGUGAUGGCAGCGAGGAUGAAGAGAUUGAUGAAGAAGAUGGUGCUGAUGAUGGCGUGGAUUCUGUGAAGGUGCAGUCCUCUGCAAAGAGGAAGAGGUCAGGCGAUGAUGAAGAGGAAAGAGAUGAUGAUGGUGAAGACGACGAUGAUGGGAGGCCACCAUCAAAAUCAAAGUGAUAGUCAGCCCGGGCCGUGUCGUGGAUAUUUGACCUUGUGCAGGGUGCUAAGAGGGAAAAUAAUUAUUCCCUGGCAGGUCGUUGGUAAAUUUGUAACUUUAGGACAUCUGUGGGUAGGUCUUGUAACUGCUGAAACUUUGAGAGUCCAGUGUUCAUCGUGGUAGAUGUUACCGCUGAUGUUGGUUAAUAGCCUCCCAAGACUUAUGUAUGAGGGUUUGAAAACAUGAGGCUUGGUUUAUGCUUUGUAGCUUCUAAUUCAGGUCUGUGGAUGCUUUCUAAUCUUCCAAUAUAGUAAGCUUUGUUUGGUUUGUUCUA